GGGUGACGUGUGCGGAGCUGGAGCCCAGGCAGCAGCAGAAGUUCGUUAUUAAUGUCAGGACUUCCUCCUGUCUGUUAGUCACCAGUCUACUGCCGGAGGCUCCCAACGGUUUUACACGGAUAUUCCAUCCUGUCGAAAUGAAACGGAACUUUUACGGUACAAAACAGAACUGUUGAUUCUUGUGGACCCGUAACCUUCUUUCCAGAGACCACGAUGUGAAUAAAUAGUCACUUGCAGGAUUUAUUGGUAGAUUUUUGUGGUUACUGAAAGGCGGGACGUGGUCUGACCAUGCUGUGGCGGAGGAGCGGUUGGUCAACCAUGCUGUGGCCAAGUUUAGCGCACUGGGUAGCGGCUGUGUUUCUCUGUCGGGUCGCCUCGACGCAGUACACCAGCGACCAGUGCAGCUGGAGAGGAAGUGGUCUGACCCAUGAGUCUCACUCCCGUGAUGUGGAGCAGGUAUACCUGCGUUGCUCCCAGGGCAGUCUAGAGUGGCUCUAUCCUACAGGGGCCCUCAUCGUCAACCUGCGGCCCAACACGGAGCCCACGUCUGGGGCUUCCCCCGGCCUGCACGCCUGCAUCAAGCCCCAGACAGACUCCCGCGGAUCACACCUCUACCUGGAGAGAGCUGGACAGCUCCGCCUGCUGAUGUCUGAGACAGAACAGGCGCAUGGCAGGGUGCAGUGUUUCUCCCUGACAGAGGGGGCGCUGUUCAUAGAGGCAGUGGGCCAGCAGGACAUCAGCAAGAGGAUCACAGUGUUUCAGUAUGAACUGGUGGCCAGCCACGGACCUGGAGCUCAUCUGUACCCACACCUCAACACUGGCACUGCCUCCUGUACACCCUGCACAGAUGACCAGAUCCUGAUGGCGGUAUGCACCAGCGACUUUGCGGGUCGUGGCAGUAUCCGUGGCAUUGACACGCCCUCGUCAUCAGACCACUCCUCCGUUGCCGUGACGCUAAGCCGCCUGUUCCAUCAGAAGAGCGGAGUGUUCUCUUGGGACGGAGCCAGAGGAAAGGGGUGGUCCGGACGUCUGAACACGCCCCUGCGGUGCCGGCUGCAGCCGAGGGAGAAGGGGGAGUUCCUGUUCACGGGGGCAGUGCGGUUCGGAGAGGCGUGGCUUGGCUGCUCCCCGCACUACCGCCACUUUCUGAAGCUCUACCGGACCGCCCUGGAGACGGGAAGUAACCCCUGUCACAUGAACAUGGACACAGACUGAGGCACGCCCCUUCCGCCCAGGUGACAACCAAUCAGGGAACAGGAUUGGGAAACAAACUCAGCGAAUCAGGGACAUAUAGAGAGAGGGCUGGGUCGCUGGCUGGACUGACAGGGCCCUGAUCCAAUCAGAGGAGGGAGGUCGUAAAGGGGCGGAACCUUUGAUAUGCCUGAGAGGUGAUUGGACAUGGUCCCAAGCCAUGCUAACCGAUUGGCUGAAGCUCUUACAGUUGCCUAGCAGCAAGGAUAGUUGGUCUGUGUCUGAACAGUUCUAAAGCCAUCUGUCGUCAUAGAAUGUCUUAAGACGCUGGUGUGUGUGUGUGUGCGCGCGCGUGUGUGUGUGUUCGCAUGUGUUGGAAAUAGAUGUAAAUAUGAUCAUUGUUGUAAUGAAAGUUUGUUUCGUGAAAAGCUUUAUGUUUACAGUUUAGAGGUUGUCUUCUGACCGAAGUGUAUAGUGUGUUCCUGCACAGCGUGUGUGUCUUAGCGUGUUUGUGUGUGUCUUAGCGUGUUUGUGUGUGUCUUAGCAUGCUCUUGUGUGUCUUAGCGUACUCUUGUGUGUCUUAGCGUGUUUGUGUGUGUCUUAGCGUGUUUGUGUGUGUCUUAGCAUGCUCUUGUGUGUCUUAGCGUACUCGUGUGUGUCUUAGCGUAUUUGUGUGUGUCUUAGCAUGCUCUUGUGUGUCUUAGCGUACUCGUGUGUGUCUUAGCGUGUUUGUGUGUGUCUUAGCAUGCUCUUGUGUGUCUUAGCGUACUCGUGUGUGUCUUAGCGUGUUUGUGUGUGUCUUAGCAUGCUCUUGUGUGUCUUAGCGUACUCGUGUGUGUCUUAGCGUGUUUGUGUGUGUCUUAGCGUGUUUGUGUGUCUUAGCGUGUUUGUGUGUGCGCGCAAGGGAGUGUGUGAACGUGUAUGUACUAGCCUGUGAAUGUGUGUGUGGUUCUGCACUAGCUUGUGUGUGUGUGUGUGUGUGUGUGUGUGUGUGUGUGUGUGUGUGUGUGUGUGUGAAGGUGUGUGUGUGUGUGUGUGUGUGAAGGUGUGUGUGUGCGACUGUGUUAAAGUACAAUAGCACUCUGGCUCUCUGUUCUAGGGAAUAAACUAUCUUCCUGGAACAAG